AUGAGCGGCAACACCAGCAGUGCUUUGAAGAACAUAAAGAACAAACAGCGAAGACAGAAGGUGUUCGGGGAGAUCAAGCAGGCCAAGAGCAAGCAGAAGCACAAACUCAGAGCCGAAAGGGCCAAGGAGGAAAGAGAAAACCCCGAGUUGAGAGAACAGAGAUUGGUGGAGAAUGUACCCGAAACCAUAGAUAGCAAGAGAGUAUACGAUGAAACGAUCGCUGCCGAAGUCGAGGGAGAAGACGAGUUUCAGGCGUACUUUGCAGACGCCGCUAAGGAGCCCAAGAUCUUGUUGACCACCUCCGCAGGCGCUAAGAAGCCAGCGUACGAGUUUGCCGACAUGCUCUUGGACUUCUUGCCCAACACAACAUUCAUCAAGAGACAGAAGGAGUUCAGCAUGGUCGACAUGUCCAAGUUCUGUGCAAACAGAGACUACACCACGUUGAUGGUGAUCAACGAGGAUAAGAAGAAGGUCACUGGACUCUCGAUGAUCCAUUUGCCUGAGGGCCCCAGCUUCUACUUCUCGGUGACUUCCAUUGUGGAUGGCAAAAGAAUCAAGGGCCACGGACGUGCCACUGACCACCUCCCCGAAUUGGUGUUGAACAACUUCAACUCGCGGUUCGGUAAGACGGUCGGAAGACUCUUCCAGUCGAUAUUUCCCCGCCAGCCAGAGCUCCAAGGACGUCAAGUCAUUACUUUGCAUAACCAGCGUGAUUACAUUUUUUUCAGAAGACAUCGUUACGUGUUCAGAAACGAGGAGAAGGUGGGUUUACAGGAAUUGGGUCCACAGUUUACCUUGAAGCUCAGAAGAAUGCAAAAGGGCAUCAAGGGCGAGACCGUCUGGGAACACAGACCCGACAUGGAGAGAGAUAAGAAGAAGUUCUACUUGUAA